AUGCUGCGGUGUCUUCUGCCCGCUUUCCUCUCUUUCGUGUUGGUCAGGGCCAGUCCCUACCGCGACGACUUAACCAACUACAAUUUAAAUACAAACCAGCAAGCCAGUGACCCGUCUCAGUAUUCGACCCCCAAACUUCCCUCCUACACAAAGUCCCCCACUAAUUGGCGCGCACUUCCCGUAUACACGAUACUUCUCGACAAGUUGGCAGACGGCGACCCCACGAAUAAUGACUUCUUCGGGACAAUGCACGAAAGCGACUACCGGGAGACGCAACUUCGCUACGGUGGCGAUCUCAAAGGUCUCGUCUCUAAGCUCGACUACAUGUAUGGCAUGGGUGUCCGCGUCAUCUUCAUCUCGGGCACCCCCUUCCUCAACAUGUUAUGGCAAGCAGACAGUUACUCCCCACUCGACUUUACCGUACUGGACCCGCACUGGGGAACGAUAAGCGACUGGCGAGCGACGAUUGCUGAAAUUCAUUCGCGAGGGAUGUAUCUUAUGGCCGACUUCACUGUUGGAACCAUGGGCGAUCUCAUUGGCUUUGAUGGUUAUCUGAAUACGAGUACGCCCUUCGAACUUGCCGAGCACAACGCGGUUUGGAAAAACCCAAAAUAUGUGCCUUGGAACUUCACACAGUAUCGCGAUUUUAAUCUGGUUAACACGCGCAACACAUCUUGUGUUAUGCCUGACUUCUGGAAUGACGACGCCACGCGGGUUGUGCUCGAGACGAAUGGGUGUUUGGAGUCGGAUUUUGACCACUACGGAGACAUGGAGGCCUUUGGAGUCCAUCCGGAUUGGCAACGUCAGCUUUCCAAGUUUGCCUCCGUUCAAGACCGUUUGCGCGAAUGGAAACCGUCAGUGCUUGCCAAGCUCAAGGUCUUUUCAUGCAUGGCCAUUACGGCUCUCGAUAUCGACGCUAUCCGUAUCGAUAAAGCAACUCAAGUCACAGUCGACGCGCUGGCAGAAUGGGCUUCAAGCACCCGUUCGUGCGCUGCGGCACUAGGCAAAACCAACUUUUUCAUUCCGGGUGAAGUCACAGGUGGAAACACUUUUGGGUCUCUGUACAUUGGUCGGGGGCGUACUCCAACGCAACUCCCGCCCGGAUAUGCAUCCGUUCUCAAUGUGACCCAGUCGGACAACCAAUACUUCUUGCGGGAGGCGCCUCUCAGUGCGCUGGAUAGCGUUGCAUUCCAUUAUUCAACAUACCGGGCUCUCACUCGUUUCCUGGGAAUGGACGGCAACCUGCAAGCUGCCUACGACACCAACAUCAACUUUGUUACGGCCUGGCACCAAAUGUUCGUUGAGAAUGAUUUACUCAACUCCCAAACCAACGCACUCGAUCCACGUCAUUUGUAUGGGACCAGCAACUUCGAUGUGUUUAGAUGGCCUAGCCUGCAGAAUGGUGUGCAAUUGAGUGCGCUAGGCACAUUCAUCACCAGUUUGGUCAUGCCCGGAAUUCCUCUCCUGUACUACGGGGAGGAACAGAACAUAUAUCUGUUUGACACCGGUGCUGCUAACUAUCUCUAUGGACGGCAAGCGAUGACCGCAACAACUGCUUGGAAGCGCCACGGCUGUUACGGUCUUGGUUCAGAACAGUAUUUCAAUUUUGCAGUUCAGAAAGCACUCAUCGGCUGCAAUGAUGAUUGGAAUGCAUUGGAUCACUUUGAUCCUACGAUGGACAGUCGCCGACUAUUUGCACGAUUCCUCGCUCUUCGACAACAGUAUCCUGCCCUCCAAGACGGGUUCGAUCUCACCCAGCAAGGCAAUUGGACUUAUCUUGUCCAACGACCUGGCUCCGAUGGUGUCAACACCGAAAUGGGUCUUUGGUCAGUUUCUCGUCAAGCUCUGCUCACCCAGAAGCUUCCUUCCACUACUGGGCAGUACACCGGCACCGUCUGGCUGCUCUAUACCAACGAGAACAUCACCAAAAAGUACGACAACAGCUGUACUAAAGACGGCUGGAUGAAAGCACCAUUCACGAGUGACACCCCUCUCCGCAAUCUUUUCGCUCCCUACGAAUCGUACACUCUCACUGCCUCUGGAGACUCCUUCAAUAACGAUAACAAGGCGCCUUUCUUCGGUUGUUUGCCCAGUCUCACAAUGGAGGGCUUUGGUUUCAAGGCUCUUGUACCAGCAACAAACUGGAUCGCUCCCGCACCCGCAUUGACGAAAUUUACGCCUGGUCAUGAUGCCCGCAUAUUGGUAACCACCAACGACCCUGGCACUCAGAAUGUUACCUUCGAGUUCAACACACCGAUGGAUUGCGAUAGCGUCACUCAAUCCAUGAAAUUUACUCUGGCAUCUUCUGGACAUGGCGGUCAGGUUGCGAUUGCGGGCAAGCCUGUUUGCAUCACUAUCAACAACCCAGAUAGCUCUCGCAUUUCAGGCGGUGACACGUCAGCGUGGAGAUGGUCCGCCAAUCUGUCCAACUUUGCAGCUGGUGUCUUGAGCAUUACGAUCACAAAUCCCAAGUCUUCAACAGGCGCGACAACUGGGACGACAGACACGGUCCUCCUCCGUCGAGGCCAGGCCAACAACGUUAUGGUGUUCCCCGAUCAUGAAUACGACACCGACUCGUCGUUUGGGUUUUCAAACGGCCAAUACACCUUCGCCCACAAGGCAUAUGGUGCAGAGAAGUUCCGCUACUCGUGGAACUUUGGUCGCAAUUGGACUCAGUGGGCUGACUGGGAAGACAAUACCGUUAUUUCAAAAAGUGUGUUCUCAGACUCGGACCACUUUUGGCAGGGUGCCCACAUCAUGGUUCAAUACUGGAGUCAAGCAACGAUGUCUACUGCCGCUGUCGUUCAUGCUGACUAUGGUUAUUCCGGUGCCAGACGUCGUGUUCCACAGUUCCUUGCGCGCGGCCCGUUCAACUCUUGGGGUUUCGAUUCAGGCAUUCCAAGUCUGAUGAAGCAAAAUGAUCGUGGAUUAUGGGAGUUGGAAAUCAUGGCGUCUUGGCCAACAUACGUUCAGCUAAACGUCUGGGGUUUCGAUGACUACUAUUAUGGCGAUACCGAUGCAGAUGGAAUCCUUGACCGUCUUCCUCCCAACACUGCAGCCCCCAAUUUCCUCAACAUGUCUGCUCCUCCUAGUCCUCACCUUGCCUGGGCUCUUCUCGUUGACGACUCCACCAUGACAUGGUCACUCGAACCUAGAGGCGAGGCAGCGGUCGGAGCUAUCAUGUAUUCUCUUCUCCUCGCUAUACCCCUCAUCACGGGUACCAUCUCCGUCCUCGUCUUCAUGUGGUCUUUCUAUGGGAUUAAGCAUAACCAAUACGGUGUCAAGACUAAGAGCCAUAAGAAUUAUUUCCCGAUUCUAGGCUUAGGCACUAAAUCGUCCAAUGAUGCCAAAGACGGAGAGCACACUUCAGAAAAGCUAUUCGGUCACAAGCACAAUACGGAUAUCAUCGGCUGGCCAGAAGACAAGAACAAGCGGCGCAAAGUCCUCAUCGCGACCCUGGAGUACGAGAUUAUUGAUUGGAAGCUUAAAGUCAAAAUUGGAGGGCUCGGUGUGAUGUCCAGUUUGAUGGGCAAGGCCAUGACGGAUGUCGACUUAGUUUGGGUCGUUCCAAAGGUCAAAGAUGUCGAGUAUCCUGCGGGCGAACCGGCAGAGCCAAUUGAGGUCAUCAUCUUUGGAGAGCCUUAUCUUAUCGAGGUCGAAACCCACGUGCUGGACAACAUCACUUACGUCAUCCUCGACAGUCCCGUUUUCCGUGCUCAAACAAAAGCUGACCCAUAUCCGGCGCGAAUGGACGAUCUUAGUUCCGCUAUUUUCUAUAGCACGUGGAAUCAAGCCAUUGCCGCAACCAUUAGACGCAGCCCAACCAUCGACAUCUACCACAUCAACGACUACCAUGGUGCACUCGCCCCCAUUUACCUUCUUCCCAAAGUUAUUCCCGUUUGUCUUUCCCUCCACAACGCCGAAUUCCAAGGUCUCUGGCCCUUGCGCACAAAGGAGGAGAUGAAAGAAGUUUGUUCCGCCUUCAAUAUCAGCAAGGAACACUGCACGAAAUACGUUCAAUUUGGAAACACCUUCAACUUACUGCAUGCGGCAGCAUCAUUCAUUAGCGUGCACCAAAAGAGUGUCGGUGUUGCAGGCGUCUCAGACAAAUACGGAAAACGCAGUUGGGCACGUUACCCGGCUCUUUGGACCCUCAAACACGUUGACUCCCUUCCUAAUCCCGACCCCAGUGAUAUCGCAGCCCUCGAUGAAAACCCGACGAAAGCCAAACACAUUCAAAUUGACCAAGAGGCGGAAGCACAGCGCCCGGAACACAAACGUCAGGCCCAGGAAUGGGCAGGAAUUUCGCAAGAUCCAAAGUCCGACCUUUUUGUCUUUGUAGGACGAUGGUCAAAGCAGAAGGGUGUUGACCUCAUCGCGGAUAUCAUGCCAUCAAUGCUUGAAAAACGACCCACCAUCCAACUGAUCUGUGUUGGACCUGUUAUUGACUUGUAUGGAAGAUUCGCUGCAGAGAAACUCGCUCGUCUUAUGGAACUUUAUCCAAAUCGCGUCUACUCAAAGCCAGAAUUCACUGCACUUCCGCCGUACUUAUUUAGUGGCGCCGACUUUGCUCUCAUUCCUUCACGUGAUGAACCAUUCGGGUUAGUGGCCGUAGAGUUUGGACGCAAGGGCGCUCUUGGUGUUGGUUCUCGACUAGGAGGGCUGGGUCUUAUGCCGGGCUGGUGGUAUCCUGUAGAAUCAAGUGCAGCUGCCCACAUGCUGUCACAACUGGGCAAGACUAUAAAAAUGGCACUGAAAUCGACAGAGGAGGAGCGUGCUGUCCUUCGCGCGCGCUCUGCUGUUCAGCGUUUCCCUGUAGUUGAAUGGCGACAGCGUAUGGAAGACUUCCACAAACGAAGCAUCAACAUCAGCCGUGGUGCCGCUGGUUCUGAUGCCUGGCGAGAAUCAGAUUGCGAUGGCGGCAACACACAGCCGAUUGGUCACGUGGAUGACUGGAAUCCUGUCACCCAAGCUUAUCCUUCUCAACCUGACUGGGAUAGUCGCAGUGUGCGGAGCAGCUUGCGGAGCGUAGACCCUCGCUAUAGUGCUGUGGCUCCCGGAUCUCCAAGUGCUUCAGGACAGUGGAGCCAAGAGACGCUCACUGCAGGAAAUGGCCAUGUUCCACGUGACUCUACCUACAGCACAGGCGGUGACGACUAUUUCGGGGGAAAUCAUGGUCGUGGUAGCACCUAUAGUGUCACGCCUGGCACACCAGAAGCUGGAUACGAUGACUUCUUGGAGAGGGUCAACAAAACAAUCGGGAAAGACCAACGUCAUGCCCCAGACCCAUUCCUUGAUCCUUCUUCAGCCCCAACUCGACCCUUCGGAUCACACUCUCGCGUCUCCUCUGUUGAAUCCAUUUCUUCUAUCGUCGACGAGAAAUCCAACUCGCCAUUGAACAAAGCUAUUGCAUCGUUCACGGAUGCGGAUGGCGGUGUCGCCAAUGAAUUCGUCCAGAAGCUCCAAGGUCUCAAUGCGAAAAACUCGGAGCACGAACUCUCCAUCGAAAAGUUCCUGCUCAAGAGCGAAGAAGCCUUCUUUGGAAAAGUCCGCAAAGAUAAAUUGGCGUCGAGUGCUGCUAGCAUAAGAUCGAAACGCGAAUCGGUUUGGGGCACUCCGUCGCCUUCAAUCUAUUCUCGACCGACUUCGCCAAGCUUGCAGGAGUUUGGGAUGAGCGAUUAUGACACUCCCAUGCAUAUGGACGCUGGACCACCUGAAGAAGUACCUAUGACCAGGCUGCAAAUCGUCAUGUCACGCGAAGUUUGGGGCUGGCCGCUCUAUGCAAUCGUGAUGGCUCUUGGUCAAAUGAUCAGCGCAACAAGUUUCCAAAUCACCCUACUUACCGGCAGAAAUUGGGAGGACAAUUUCCAGUUAUAUGUCCUCGGUGGUGUUUUCUUGGCCGCCUCUUUUGUCUGGUAUCCUCUUUUCCGACUCAAGCCCUCGAUAUACGUACUUUCCAUUCCUUGGAUUUUCUUCGGCCUAGCGUUCCUUCUCAUAGGCUUGCCCUCUGUUGCCACCGCAAUUGCGCCAGCCCACAGGACACUCGCCAAUAUAGCUACUUGGUGUUACGCCAUUGCCUCUGCUGCGGGAUGGGCCUGGUUUGCACUCAACUUUGGCGAAGAGGGUGGUGCGGCGACGGAAGUAUGGACUAUGCGUGCUUGCAUCGUUCAGGGCAGUCAACAAGUUUGGGUGGCAGGUCUGUGGUACUGGGGCUACACUCUCAAUGGUGUCUCAGACAACUACGUCCCUCCGUGGUAUAUCUGCAUUGUUGUCUGGCCGUUCUCCAUCAUCUGCUUCAUUUUCGCAUACUUGAUGUUGUACGGACUUCCAGACUACUAUCGUCAGACGCCCCCAAAAGUCCCCCACUUCUUGCAGACUUUAUUCCGUCGCAAACUCGUUCUGUGGUUCUUGGCAUCGGAGGUACUUCGUGACUAUUGGUUGAGUGGUCCCUACGGACGAAACUGGACCUUUUUAUGGAAUGUCAAUGUUCCCAAGUGGCAGAUUGGUCUCCUCGUCGUCGCUUUCUUCGUUGGAGUUUGGGCUGUCAUGCUCUUGAUUCUGACGCACUUCUCUAAAACCCACACCUGGUUUUUGCCAGUCUUCGCCGUCGGUCUCGGGGCUCCUCGAUGGUGUCAGAUGUUGUGGGGUACCUCGUCUCUUGCGCUGUACAUUCCGUGGGCAGGCUCUGGCGGUCCUUAUUUGGGAAUAUCCCUUUGGCUCUGGCUUGGUGUGCUAGAUGCGAUUCAAGGUGUCGGUUUGGGUAUGAUUUUGCUCCAGACACUUUCUCGUCUCCAUGUCGCCGCCACUCUUGCCUUUGCGCAAGUCAUUGGGUCCGUGUGCGUCAUGGUCGCUCGGGCCACAGCUCCCAACCGUAUUGGCCCUGGCACUGUGUUCCCUGACGCAGCAAAAUGGGACUUUUCCGAAGGCCUCAAAGGCAGUCCCAUGGCUGAACCCAUAUUCUGGAUUGCUCUUAUUUGCCAAUUGAUCAUCGUGGCCGGGUAUAUGUUCUUCUUCAGGAAGGAGCAACUUUCUCGGCCAUGA